CACGUGAGCAGGAGCCAGACGUUUGCAGACGUCCUUCUAAUCCUGGUCUUCGUUUGGUCCGGUUGCCAUCUCCCUUUUACCUCGAAGGCGGGCGGGCCUGUGGCCAGGAGAAGAGGAGGAGGAGGAGUAGGACGCUGUACCACUCCGAGCAAAGGAAUAAAGAAUCUGCCCCGAAGCCCAGCAGGUCCGUGUAAAGCCAUCCCAUCUCUGCCGUGUUGCCUGUCUGUGUCGGUGGAUCUUGCGCCUGAAGGCCUGUUCAACCUUAGGAGCAGGAAGAAGAGGAAAUUGCCCCGAAACAAGUUUGCAGGAACUCGGUAUUAUUCCAGGCCAGAAAUCGAAGGAAGAAACUGCCUGGACCUGUGCGGGUGUAUGUGGGGGUGACUCUGCCCCCAGGACAUCUGCAGGGGUAGGGGAGUAUCUGUAGCUGCAGCAAAGCCUGCUGGCUGUAGCUGAAGACUCCACAGCCUCAUCUCCCCUGCAUCUCCACUUGGGAGCACUCCUCCAGCCAGAGCAAGUCCUCCAGACACUCCCUGCAUCAUGGGCCGAACUCGGGAAGCUGGCUGCGUGGCUGCUGGUGUGGUGAUCGGGGCUGGAGCCUGCUACUGUGUAUACAGGCUGACCUGGGGAAGAGAUAACGAGAUAAUCUGGAACGAGGAUGACGAUGAAGAGGAGGAAUCUCGCGAUAUUUCAGAGACUGGGAAAGGAGCUAAGGCUAAUGCUGGGGCAGGGGCUGGAGCCAGACUUCAGGGUGACUCAAAGGCCAAGGCUGAGGUAGCUGUGGAACUCAAGAGUAGACCUGAUGUAAAGGCAGAGGCCCACUCAAAGGCCGAGAGUGGAGGUGGCCUAGAGGCCAAGGCCAAGGCCCUUUUCAGCACUCUGAAGGAACAGGCAAGUGCAAAGGCAAGCAAAGCUGCCAAGUUGGGUACCAUCUUUGGGACCAGGGCCCUCGCACCUGGUUUACCCUGCCCAGGAGUCAGGGGUGGAGGCUGCCACCCUGUGAGGAAUGGAGCUAGGGCUGGGAGCAAGGCUAGUGGCAAGUCCAAGGGAAGGACCAGAAAUAAGAGCACCAGGACUCCAGCUUUGUUAUGGCCUGUUCGAAAGGGCAAGUUCAACUUUCCCUAUAAAAUUGAUGAUAUUCUGGGUGCUACUGACCUUCAGAAGGUCCUUAACAUCUUAGAAAGAUCUAACGAUCCUUUUAUUCAAGAAGUAGCCUUGGUCACUCUGGGUAACAAUGCAGCAUAUUCAUUUAACCAAAAUGCCAUUCGCGAAUUGGGUGGUCUCCCAAUUAUUGCAAAACUGAUAAAAACGAAAGAUCCCAUUAUUAGGGAAAAGGCAUACAAUGUCCUUAAUAACUUGAGUGUGAAUUCGGAAAAUCAGGGCAAGAUUAAGACAUAUAUCAGUCAAGUGUGUGAUGACACCAUGAUCUGUCGUUUGGACUCAGCUGUGCAGAUGGCUGGUCUAAGACUGUUAACCAACAUGACUGUGACUAAUCAUUACCAGCAUUUGCUUUCCUAUUCUUUUCCAGACUUUUUUGCUUUGUUAUUCCUGGGAAAUUACUUCACCAAGAUUCAGAUUAUGAAAUUAAUCAUAAACUUUACUGAAAAUCCAGCCAUGACAAGAGAACUGGUGAGUUGUAAAGUGCCGUCAGAAUUGAUUUCCCUCUUUAAUAAAGAAUGGGACAGAGAGAUUCUUCUUAAUAUCCUUACCCUAUUUGAGAAUAUAAAUGACAACAUAAAAAAUGAAGGGCUUGCCUCAUCCAGGAAAGAAUUCAGCAGAAGUUCACUUUUUUUCUUAUUCAAAGAAUCUGGAGUGUGUGUCAAGAAAAUCAAAGCAUUAGCAAAUCACAGUGAUCUGGUCGUGAAAGUAAAAGUCCUAAAGGUAUUGACCAAACUCUAAUUGGGAGUCAGUCCCAAAAAAUAUUGAGGAAAUUUUUUUAGUUUGCAGUUGGGAACAAUGCAUUUUGUAAAUUCUUUAUUUUUUACUGUGCUUAUAUGGCAAAGAGAUCCUUUCAGCUGCUAUUUUGGAAUAAUGACUAUUACCUGUCAUCAACAGUGAUGCUGACUGUGAUGGUUUGUUUUAGGCUAGAUCAUUUUAAGGAUGUCAGAUGAAUACUAGAGCUUGUACAAAGAAAGCAUUUAUUGAUUCUAUCUUGCUACCUAGAUUGAGAUAUUUUUACUCUUUACUUAAACUGACAGCAAACUAACCACAAAUAAGCUAUACUUUUGUAUUGGUUUACAUCUGUUAAUCUUGUGUUUCAUCAAUAAAGUUGUGUGUUUUAACCAGCAAAAAA